UGGGGCAGGACCACCGAAGCCAUUUUAUUAUCAUACCAGCAAAGGUGCAGGUGCAUCAAUAUAUAUUUUUAUAGUCUUAGUUUUCAUUUUGGACAUCAAGUUACCAUGGGGCAGUGUGGAAUUACGUCAUCCAAAACCGUGUUGGUUUUUCUCAAUCUCAUAUUUUGGGCUGCAGCUGGGAUUUUAUGCUACAUCGGAGCCUAUGUGUUUAUCACAUAUGACGACUAUGACCACUUCUUUGAAGAUGUGUACACUUUGAUUCCUGCUAUCAUAAUAAUAGCAGUCGGGACUCUUCUCUUCAUCAUUGGCUUGAUUGGCUGCUGUGCAACAAUACGUGAAAGCUCCUGUGGUUUGGCAACUUUUGCUGCCAUUCUCCUGCUGGUGUUUGUGACAGAGUGUGUGGUGGUGGUGCUUGGCUACACAUACAGGGCAAAGGUAGAAAAUGAGGUGAAUCACUCCAUACAGAAGGUUUACAACGAGUACAACGGCACUAACACCGACGCCCCCAGCCGCGCCAUUGACUAUGUGCAGAGGCAGCUUCACUGCUGUGGCAUCCACAACUAUUCUGACUGGAGGAACACGCACUGGUUUAAAGAAUCUAAAAACAACAGUGUCCCAGUCAGCUGCUGCCAGCCCAGCAUCAUUAACUGUUCCGGUACUCUCACUCGACCUGCGGAUCUCUACCAAGAGGGUUGUGAAGCUCUUGUGGUGAAAAAGUUAAAGGAGAUCAUGAUGUAUGUCAUCUGGGCUGCACUCACUUUUGCAUCAAUACAGAUGCUGGGCAUGCUCUGUGCCUGCGUGGUGUUGUGUAGGAGGGGUCAUGACCCUGCGUACGAGCUGCUGGUCACAACCAACAGCUAUGCAUGAAGGAGGCAGCCAACCAACGAAGCACUCAAUAAAAAAAUCAAAAGGAACAUCACUGGACAUGUCCACAGUAGAUUUCAGCUGUAGUUAUAUAAGGCCAAGCACACCUUGCACAAUUCAUGAUAAAGUAGCGAACACUGGUGAUGUGGUUUGGGUGGGUGGGUGCUUCAAGGGGAAACCAGUUAUUUAUUGACAUGCUUUGUAAGUUACUGUUACAUUAAAUGUUCUUUUUUUCUCCUUACAAAUACUGAAAUAUUUACAGUAGCCAAAGUUGUAUGUGGCUAAUUGACAUUAUUGAUGUUGAUGCAGAAAUGUAUUUCUUUUAAUGUGGCUUGAUCAAACUUCCCACUGAGGAUUAUGAGAAGUAAUUUGGAGCAUAAUGUGUAAAAGAAUGUACUGUAUUUCCUUGUGUGCUAGUUUGCACAACGGCUGGAGCUCUGGAAAUAUUUCCUGGUUGUAAAUGAAAAUCUAUGCUAAAAAGAACAUGUACAAUUUUGCUAAGAACUUGGUUGGUAAGAACCAGAUUUUGUGAAAAUGGAAAAAAAACCAUAGACACAACAGAUUCAGUGAUUUUGUCUCAGAAUUUUGUUUGUGGAGCAGCGCAAAGUUUUGUCUCUUAAAGCCAUGUUUGGAAGAAAGAGUUUUUCAUAUUCACAAAUAUUCAGGUUGUGAAUAAUGUAUGUUCUGUUUUGGUGUUGAUGUUCUCCAAAUCAGGCUUCAUUAGCGAGGCAUCGCCAAUACAUACAUUGUGAAUGAACCUUUUAGUCUCCAGUGCUAUUAGUAGGAGUGUUAUCAGUGUUACCUGAAGACUAUGUGUAGCUUCAGUUUGUUACAGUCAGAGAAAUCCCUGUUUAGAUUCCUAGUAUACCCUGCUAUCGGAAUUAUGACACAUUACUUUAUAUUUUUUUGUGAAAUUGUGCACCGUUUUAAUAUUUUUUAGCUGUUAAAUUGACUGCUAGAUAUUUAGCUUGUGACGCUGAAAAAAAAAACUUACAAACAAAAUUGUGUAUAGACUGGAGACAAAUAAAGUCAUACAUUUCAA